CACUCCAACUGUAGAGAGAGAAAGGAGAAGAAAUCUCGAGAGAGCGCGCGCAUCGCCGUCACCGAAAGCAAAGAAAAAGAGGCCCAUUUUGGGAAGAAGAAGGCGGGGGGCAUUUUCAGCACAAAUCUCUCUCUAUUCCUCUCCCUCAGCAGCCAUGCACGCCCCUGUACUCGUCCUCAAGGAUUCACUGAAACGCGAAUCUGGGAGCAAAGUUCAGCAUGCCAAUAUCCAAGCAUCCAAGGCUGUAGCGGACAUAAUUCGAACUACUUUAGGGCCACGGUCCAUGUUGAAAAUGCUGCUAGAUGCUGCAGGAGGAAUUGUGGUUACUAAUGAUGGAAAUGCUAUACUGCGUGAGUUGGAUAUUGCACAUCCAGCUGCUAAGUCAAUGAUUGAACUUAGUCGCACACAAGAUGAAGAAGUGGGAGAUGGCACAACAUCUGUCAUUGUUCUUGCUGGCGAGAUGCUUCAUGUUGCUGAAGCUUUCAUUGAUAAGAACUACCAUCCAACGGUGAUUUGUCGAGCAUAUAAUAAAGCUCUUGAGGAUGCUCUUGCCGUUCUUGACAAGAUUGCAAUGCCGAUUGAUGUUGAUGAUCGUUCUACGAUGCUUGGUCUGGUCAAAAGCUGCAUUGGCACAAAGUUCACUGGACAGUUCGGAGACUUGAUUGCAGACCUUGCAAUUGAUGCUACUUCAACAGUUGGUGUGGACCUAGGCCAAGGUAUACGUGAAGUUGACAUUAAGAAAUAUAUAAAAGUUGAGAAGCUUCCUGGUGGGCAAUUGGAGGACUCCAAGGUUCUUAAAGGAGUCAUGUUUAACAAAGAUGUUGUUGCCCCUGGAAAAAUGAGGAGAAAGAUAGUUAAUCCCAGAAUUAUUCUCCUCGAUUGCCCGCUUGAGUAUAAGAAAGGAGAAAAUCAAACAAAUGCCGAGUUGGUAAAGGAAGAAGACUGGGAAGUUUUGCUGAAGAUGGAGGAAGAAUACAUAGAGAACAUCUGUAUGCAAAUACUUAAGUUAAAACCUGACUUGGUCAUAACCGAGAAAGGGCUUAGCGAUCUUGCAUGCCAUUACUUAAGCAAGGCUGGAGUCAGUGCCAUCCGGAGGUUGAGAAAGACUGACAACAAUAGGAUUGCCAAAGCUUGUGGAGCAGUUGUUGUCAAUAGGCCUGAUGAGCUCCAAGAGUCCGAUGUCGGAACGGGUGCUGGGCUUUUUGAGAUCAAGAAGAUUGGCGAUGAGUUCUUUGCAUUUAUCGUGGAUUGUAAGGAUCCAAAAGCAUGCACAGUUCUUCUAAGAGGGGCUAGCAAGGAUCUGCUGAAUGAAGUUGAAAGAAAUUUGCAGGACGCGAUGUCAGUAGCACGAAACAUACUGAAGAAUCCAAAGCUUCUUCCUGGAGGAGGUGCUACAGAGUUGACUGUAUCUGCAACACUGAAGCAGAAGAGUUCAUCAAUUGAAGGCAUUGAAAAGUGGCCAUAUGAGGCUGCUGCUAUAGCUUUUGAGGCUAUCCCACGAACCUUGGCUCAAAAUUGUGGAGUGAAUGUGAUUCGAACAAUGACUGCUCUCCAAGGAAAGCAUGCAAAUGGUGAAAAUGCAUGGGUUGGUAUCGACGGGAACACUGGUGCUAUUGUUGAUAUGAAGGAGAAGAAGAUCUGGGACUCCUACAAUGUAAAAGCACAAACAUUCAAGACCUCAAUUGAAGCCGCUUGCAUGCUUCUGAGGAUCGAUGACAUUGUUAGCGGGAUAAAGAAAAAGCAGGCUCCUGGUUCUGGGCCUACUAAGCCCAAGAUCGAGGAAGAAGGCGAUGCUGACGGUGAACAGAUAAUUCCGGAGUAGAAAUGGGUAGGAGUCUAUAGUCUUUUACAAAGAGAGGGUUUUAACAAAGAUGGAGACUGUUGGGCUGCUGUUAGCUGGCAAAUUUUGGUUGAUCCUGGAUUGACAAGUUUCAUGUCCUUUUCUUUUCUCCUACUUUAGAACUGUGUAAAUUGACUGUGUUAUGUUUCUUGUGUUCUGGUAGUUUUAUGUGAGCAUAUAAAGACCAGUAUAUUUUGUUCGCUUAAUGGAUUGUGAGCGUCUACCCCUUGUCAAAAUCCAAGUUAUUAGUACUGUCUGUUGUCAUUCUUUCUUACUAGUGUGAACGCCGUGCAAAGCAUAUCUUUUUUUU